GGUGGCUGAGGAGAAGGACCCUUAUUAUAUAUAUAUAUAUAUAUAAGAAGUCUUCUCCUCCCUGUUCUCUGUAAGAUAUAGAUUAUAGAGAAUCCAUUUGCACGUGAACCUCUAUACACAGAUUACAGGCUUAUAUACGUGCUGAGAGAGAGAGAGAGAGAUGUUUGCGGUAGAGAAUGGGUUGCAGGGAGAUCCAAGAUUGGAGGCCAUCUCCGACGCCAUUAGAGUCAUCCCUCACUUCCCCAAGACCGGAAUAAUGUUUCAGGACAUAACGACGUUGCUGCUUGAUCCGAAGGCCUUCAAGCAUGUCGUCGAUAUCUUUGUCGACCGUUACAGACACAUGAACAUCUCCGUCGUCGCAGGAGUGGAGGCGAGGGGAUUCAUAUUCGGGGCUCCCAUCGCAUUAGCCAUCGGUGCCAAGUUCCUUCCCCUCCGUAAACCCGGGAAAUUGCCUGGGCGAGUGAUAUGCGAAGAGUAUGAGCUGGAGUACGGAAGAGAUCGUCUAGAGAUGCAAAUGGACGCGGUUAAACGCGGAGAACGGUCCAUUGUUACGGAUGAUUUGGUCGCAACGGGUGGGACGCUCUCUGCCUCCAUCAAUCUUUUGGAGCGUGCGGGGGCUCAUGUCGUGGAGUGUGCCUGUGUUGUGGGCCUGCCUAAGUUCAAGGGACCGUGCAGGCUCAACGGAAAGCCCUUGUACGUAUUGGUGGAACCUAGGGACUGAAUAUUAUUGUUUAGUGUUAUUUCUCUCUGUAAUUACGUCCACUGUAAUAUCAUCUUUUUUUCUAUUUACUAUUGUCUUUCUUGAA